ACAAACAAACAUUAAUAUAACCUAAAAAUUUUUGACAGGUUUAGAAGAGAACAUGAAUGUUUAUGAAACUUUUAACCGGUUUGAAAUGUUUUAAAAUUGAAUAUUAGGAUUAAUUAGUAAAGUUCAAUGUUUAUGAACAUUUCUAAAUUGUGAAGAAACAGCGAGGAAAUUAAAAUAAGAUGUUUGCCUUGUACGAUUUAUGUCAUCCAAGUUACUAUAAAAUUAGUCAGUUGGGUUGCACCGAUGGAAUUAGAAUUUCUGUUGCAUUUUACGUCUACAUGGAACUUUGUGAAGUAAAAUGUUUGAGGGAUGUAGUUUAUAAAUACAAUAAAGAAACUGAUAUUAUAUAUCUUGAAGGCAAAAAAAGUAAAAAUUCGGAGCCCGAGACAUAUGUUCCUUGGCCUUCAAUUUACAAAAUUUCUCUUGUACAAAUUGAAAGUAUACAAGAACAUUUAAACCUAAAGAGCUUUACCUUUGCAUUUAGAGGAGGUGACAGCACUACUGUUUACUACAAAGUAACUUCAGGACUCAUAAAACCGAUAUCACCUGAAGAAACCAAACUUAUAAAACAAAAGGAGGAAAAUAAAUACAAAUUGGACCAAGAAAUUAGAAAAAAUACCACAAUUUUCUAUGAAAUAGCAAAAUCUCUUGAUUCUGAGGAAAAAAUUAUUAACAUUGAAACUACAAAUUCAAACACUACUAUUAAUAAUGAAAAAUUAGUUCCUGUACUUAGUGAAAAAACAGAAGAAAUUCAACCGGAAAAAAAAGAAAUAACAACCGAUAAAAAAAGUCAAGACACAAAGAAUUCCAAAAGUUCACAACCUACUAUCAAAAGUGUUGAAAUUAUAUCUCCAAAUAAAAAAAAAAUUACAUAGAAUCUAAUUUUAAUAUUUUGUACAGAAUAUAUGAAAUAUUUUAAAUACAGGAUUUUUACUAAAACUCACUAA